AUGUCUUCAACCUCAUCCGGCCCCGCCUUUGCCUUCAACCCGCUCCUUCAUCACCGCACCAUCGAUCCGCCCGUCCAGAUCGGAGCGCAGUGGGCGCGUUCCUACCCGGGCACAUCCUCGCCCUUCGCAGCCAAAUCCGCCCUCGACGCCCACCCGCUCCUCAACCUCGCCCAGGGCGUGCCCGGGCAGGCGCCCACAAAGGACUUCCUCGACCACAUCGCCAACGAGACCAACGCAGAGUACAGCCACGGUUACGGUCCCGUAUUCGGCCAUGCCGCCAUCCGCAAGGCCGUCGCAGACGACCUCAACCGCGUCUACCGCUCCGCCGACCUGCCAGGGCACAGGAACCAGGUGCAGCCCCACGACGUCGCCAUCACCGCCGGAUGCAACCUCGCCUUUGCCGCCACCGUCCUCUCGCUCGCCGCGCCCGGGGAAGCCGUCGUGGUGCCCACGCCAUGGUACUUCAACCACUUCAUGACCCUCUCGUCGUUUGGCAUCGACACGGUGCCCCUGCCCACGGCGCAGCCCGACUUCCUCCCCUCGACCGACGCGCUCAAGCAGCUGCUCCGCGACAACCCAAAGAUCAAGGCCGUCAUCCUCGUCACGCCAAACAACCCCACCGGAGCACUCUACCCGCCCGCCCUGAUCCACGACUUUGCCAGGACCUGCCGCGACGCCAAAAUCGCGCUCCUGCUCGACGAAACGUAUCGUGAUUUUGUCCUCGCCGAAGACGAGGCGAGGCCGGAAAUCGGCUCGUCCAGCGGCGCAAAGGGGACCGCCCUCGCUGAAGGCUCGCCGUCCACUUCUCUGCCCCUCGGACGCCCGCACGAGGUCUUCCAGGAAAGCAUGGACGGCGAUUCCGCUUGGAACUGGCGCCAGACGGUGAUCCAGCUGUUUAGCUUCUCCAAGUCGUACGCCAUCCCUGGCCACCGAUUGGGUGGAGUCGUGGCGCACCCGGCCUUCCUGCAGCAGGUGACGCCCAGCGCGACCGGGGGCGAAGACGUCGCCUUUGGACCGAUGGCCAAGGCGCUCGACAAUUUGCAGAUCGGCCCUCCUCGAACCGACACGCAGCGCGCUGUAGCCUGGGCCAUGGCGGACGAGAAGCAGAGGGAGUGGCGGCUGUCGACGGCGCGCGAGCUGCGCGACCGCCGCGUGGCUUUCAAGCAGGGCCUCUCGCGCAAGGUCCCGCGCCGGCUCGACUCGGACGGCAACCUGCUUUCCACGUCGUCGUCGUCGUCGUCGUCGUCGUCGAGCGACGGUGCAAAGAGCCCGGAAGAGUGGGGCUGGGCGGUCGAGAGCUCGGGCGCGUACUACGCCUUUGUGCGCCACCCAUUCACCUCGACGCCCAGCGAGAAGGUCUCGGAGGCUCUCGCCAAGCUCGUCGGCGUCGUCACGCUUCCCGGCACCUUCUUCAUGCCUCCUGGCUCGCCUGCGUCGCAGCACGAAGCCAAGAAGGGGGAGGCGGGCGCCGGUGCGAUCACCGAUUCGGGAGCGAGGUUGCGCGUCUCGAUUGCCAAUGUCCCCACCGACAAGCUCGACUUGCUCCCCGAGCGCCUCGCCGUCCUCAGCGAGCUGUGGCAGAUCAAGGGCGAGGGGUGGGGCGUCUGA